AUACAACGCAGCACCAGCCUCCAUAAAUAAUUUAGGCCAGGAUUAAGGGCCCUGCCAGGCUGCCCUUUGUCAAGGAAUCCUCAAUCAAGCAAAUGGAUGCAGCUACCCCCACAAAGUACCAGGAAGUGCCAAAUGAAGGCAACAGUUCUUAUGCCGAACGUCAUUGGGUCCCGCAAUGCCCUGACAACUACAUUCCAAAGGUCGGCAUGGUUUUCAAGGACUUGGAUGAUGCUAUUCGUUUCUAUCGUGCUUAUGCUGCUGAGGCGGGGUUUGAUGUGCGCAAGACUACCACUACAAAGAAAAAGGGCUCCGUUGUUUGGCAAUAUGUUGUUUGUAGCCGCGAGGGUAAAAAACAUGUCCCCACCAUCUCCCACAAUGAUGCAUCACAUGACAUUGGACAGGCUGCAUUAUCUAAACCUGGGAGAAGAAGACGCAUUUCUAAGCGUAUAGGCUGUAUGGCACGUGUUGCAUUUCGCAUCCUUGGACAUGAUGGUUACGUUCUCAGCAUAUUCGAAGAACAGCACAACCAUCCUCUCACUUCUCUCCCCUACAGGCCAUUCUUGA